GGCGCCGGGACCUCUUCUCCGUGCUGUAACACUGGGGAGGCCGCAGUAGGGCGCGGGCAGGGUCGGGCUGGAACCCGGAGGCCAGGGCGCACCGACGGCUGAGCAUGGCGGGGGCAGCGUGCGAGGCGCAGGCCAGGCCGAGCCUCACCUCCAUCUCAUCGGGGGAGCUGCGCAGCCUGUGGACCUGCGACUGCGAGCUGGCGGUGCUCCCGCUGGCCCAGCUUGUGCGCCUGCAGCCCGGAGCCUUCCAGCUGCGCGGCGACCAACUCCUGGUGUCUGGGCCGGGGAAACCGGCGGCCUCGCGCGGAGGCUUCAACGUCUUCGGGGAUGGCUUUGUACGCCUGGAUGGGCAGCUCUAUCGCCUCAGCAGCUACGUCAAGAGGUAUGUGGAGCUGACCAACUACUGUGAUUAUAAAGACUACAGGGAAACUAUAUUGAGCAAACCAAUGCUGUUCUUUAUUAACGUACAGACCAAACAAGACACCUCAAAAGAAAAGACAUAUGCAUUUCUUGUGAACACAAGGCACCCAAAGAUAAGAAGACAGAUAGAGCAGGGAAUGGACAUGGUCAUCUCCUCAGUGAUUGGAGAAAGUUACCGACUUCAGUUUGAUUUUCAAGAUGUAGUGAAGAAUUUCUUCCCUCCAGGAACUGAAGUGAUUAACGCAGAAAAUCUGAGCUUUGUGUACGAAUUCAAAGCUGAUGCCUUAUUUGAUUUUUUCUAUUGGUUUGGGCUCAGCAAUUCCACUGUGAAAGUGAAUGGAAAAGUUCUGAAUUUGUCAAGUACAAGUCCAGAAAAGAAAGAGACAAUUAAGUUAUUUCUGGAAAAAAUGAGUGAACCUUUUAUCCGAAGGAGCAGUUUCUCUGAUCGAAAAUUCAGUGUAACUUCCAGAGGUUCAAUAGAUGAUGUUUUUAACUGCAAUCUGUCACCCAGAUCAUCUCUGACAGAACCUCUUUUGUCAGAAUUGCCAUUUCCAAGUGUUCUGGAAUCUGAAGAAAUACCCAACCAACUUAUCUGACUGGAUUGAACAUUCUCGGUGUUACUCCUCUACCCCAGAGAGGAGGGGGGACGUGGGCACUUUCACCCCCUUGCUCCCCCAGCUCCCCCAUGCCUUCUACAGAGGGCUCCUUUCUUCACUCCUUUGGCAUCAAGCUCUGGCAGGCCCAGUGCAGCUGGCUUCUUUCAAUGUUACAGUUACAGUGUGGAAGAGCUUUGGCCCCGUGGUGCAGGGUCGAGGCAUGCAG